AGGGGAGGGGAGAGGCAGGGAGAGAGCGAGCGAGAGAGCGAGAGAGAGAGUCCGUCCCUGCCCCCGCUCCGCCUCCCAUUGGCCGCCCUUCCCUUUGUGUGCCAGGCAGCUGCAGCCCCAGCUCCACAUUUGAAUGUAUGGUGGGGCCGGGGCGCGCAGCCUUCCUUUCCAUGGGCCAUCUGUCUUCCUCUGACCCUCAGCAGCAGCAGCAGCAGCAGCGGCACCGGCCUCGGCAGUGGCCUCGGCCCCGGGCGCAGCGGGAAGAGCAGGAGCCCCGGACGCCGCCUUCCUCGCCUCCUCCUCCGCCUCCUCCUCCUCCUCCUCCGCCUCGGGAAAGAGGAGCCACCGACUCCGGGGCAGGCAGCUGAGGCAGGCAGCAUGGUUCUGGUCCACGUCGGCUAUCUUGUUCUUCCAGUGUUUGGCUCUGUGCGAAACAGAGGCGCUCCUUUUCAAAGGUCUCAGCAUCCUCAUGCUACCUCCUGCCGGCACUUCCACCUGGGCCCCCAGCCACAGAUCUCCGCAGACUUCCCCCUGCCUCAUGCCGUCCAGCCUCACAUGGCAACCGCUCACCAGCACAGCAACCCGCUGCACCCGCCCUUAACGCCUCUGCCUGCCCUGCCAUUCCAGGACGUGACGGGACCCUCUUUCCUACCUCAGGCCCUUCACCAGCAAUACCUCCUCCAGCAGCAGCUCCUCGAGGCCCAGCACCGCCGACUCAUGCCUCAUCCCAGGCGGACUCAGGAGCGCAUGUCUGUCCAACCUCAUCGGUUACAUCCAAGCUUUGAAUUUGGCCAUCAACUCCAGACUUCUCAACCUGUGGGACCCCAGCCCAGAUACUUAGCUGAAGGAACAGACUGGGAUCUCAGCGUUGAUGCUGGCCUGACUCACAACCAGUUCCAGGUCAGGCCGGUUCCACAGCAUUAUCAGCAUUAUUUAGCGACGCAAAGGAUGCAUCACUUUCCACGAAACACAUCAUCAACACAAAUGGUUGUUCAUGAGAUUAGGAACUACCCAUAUCCUCAGCUUCAGCUGCUUGCUCUUCAGGGACUGAAUCCAAACAGACACACAUCUGCAGUGAGGGAAAGUUAUGAAGAGUUGUUGCAACUGGAAGACAGGCUGGGCAGUGUGAACAGGGGGGCUGUGCAAAACACCAUUGAGCGGUUCACUUUCCCACACAAGUACAAGAAGAGGAGACCGCAGGGAAGCAAAGCUGAGAAGGAAGAUGGGGAGGAGUCGGAUACCGAUGAGAAAUGCACAAUCUGUCUCUCGAUGCUUGAAGAUGGCGAGGACGUGAGGCGUUUACCUUGUAUGCACCUAUUUCACCAAGUAUGUGUGGACCAGUGGCUAGCGACCAGCAAGAAAUGCCCCAUCUGCCGAGUGGACAUUGAAACACAGCUUGGAUCCGACAGCUGAAAAGAGUCGAUGCGAGGAGGUGUCCUCUCUCUUUUUGGGUCCUUCCUGGGGCUGUACAGCUCCCUGCAGCAAAAUGUUUGCCUUCUGAGCCAUUUGAUUAUUUUUUGAAGAACGCCUGCAAGCACAUUCACAGAUUAUUAUAAAAAUUAUUAAAUAAUGAAGAAGAUGAAGACGAUGAAGAAGAGGAGGAGAAGAUUAUAUUUGGUGGUUCUCAAUGUCUUGACGAGAUAGGAGGAGAUCCAAGCAGCCGCUGCAGCCGAAACGCGUGGAAGCGCGGCUGGAACGCCGAGCGGAAAAGAGUUAGUUGUGGAAACGAAGGUACCUAGUGCUCUAGUCCUGGCCUCUCAAUCCUGCUUCUCAAAGGGAUUGUAUAUAUAUACCUCUCAAAUAAGUAGAAACACAUUAGGGGUUCUUUAGCUAUUUCUAUGGAUGGCUGCUGAAGCAUGUACGCUUAAGAAACGUCGUCUUUUGAUGCCCCGUCAUCUUGUGGUGGAUAUGUCGCUGUUACCUAACCUGCACCAAACAUUGCAUUGGGGUUCUUGAAAUGCUUUUGUUAUUUUCCAUAAGAUUCCUUACUUUGGUGCCUGGCUAAAGCCAUAUAUAUAUAUAUAUAUAUAUAUAUAUAUAUAUAUAUAUAUAUAUAUGCGCGUGGGAGAGGGUAAAUUCAUUCCUUGGUUUCGUGAAAAGAGGAGGGGAAAGUUCCUGUUUACACGGAGAAAACGAAAAUUACAUCUUUCCCCUCCUUUUCCCCUAGCAGAAUUGAUUGACACAGGAUCAAGUUUGAUAGAAUGUAAAAACACGGGGGAGGAGGUUGAAAUAAUCGGAAGGAAAUUUGGUUAGGAGGUGGAAUGAGAAUAGGAAGUCUUUUUCCUUUAUAUCUUCCGGUGCUGGAUGCACGAAUUUGGGCACAAACUUAGACUGAGGUUGAUUUCAUAUCCUGCAUGCGAAUGGUGUACCUCCCAAGAAAGGACUAGAGCAGGGGUGGACAGAUGGUGGACCAUUGGCCACAUGGGCCCCUUUGGACAUUUUUAUGUCCCCAAGGGUCUCUCAUAAGCAAAAAUAUUUAUUUCCAUUUUUUUGCACUAAAGUGCCCUCAAAUAGGGGCUGUGAAGGGCAUUUCCACCACCUUUUGGUAGCCCCCCCCCCAAAAAAACCCUUUACUUCCUGAGUGGGAGAUGGUUGAACUGGAUAGCCCUUCUGGUCUCUUCCAACCUUAUGGUAAUAUUCUAUGAUUAUAGAGGUGAUCAUAGUAUAGACCACAGUCCACAUGGGAUCUCUUGGCUAAUUUUUGUGACACCCAGGGGAUCAAAAAAUAAAGUUUUCAAAAUGACCUCAAAUACCAUCCAGGUUCUUCCUGGGCUUCAAAACAAAACUUCUACAAAAAAAUUCCCAAACAAAUUUGGACUGAAAACACGCCCUUAAAGGAGAGCAUGUAUGGGACAUUCCAACACAUUUUGGUCCAUUGUGGGCCAAUUUAGGCCCAAAAGAAGAUAUUUUUUCAAGCAUGAAGAGACUUCUGUUUUGUUAAACUAUAUGUCUCUCCUGAAUGUAAAAUGUCCCAGGAAGACCCCAAGACAUUAUGAAGACAUUGGCCUUAUAGGGAAUUCGGUUGCAUUUAUUGUUUUGAAGGAAUGGCUAUAGUCCUCCAUGUCCUUUUGGAAGCUUAUAUGGCUGGCUGCCAUUCUACAAUUUCCCACCCCUGGAUUAGGGUCUUUCUUUUCAAGAUGUCUCAGAGCAGCCUUUAAUAUCAGCUUUUGAGCAUCUUUGCCAAUGAGCUCCAAAGUCAACCUUAUUUGACUCCAUUUCCAUUGGUAAUGAAUGGACCUGAAUUUUUGACCUGGAAGGUCUGAUUUUAAGAAUAUUUGGCUGGAAGGCCAUUUUGCCACUGCACCAUGAGGCUAGAAAGGAGAAGCAACCUUAAUCUAGAUUUGCGCAUGAAAUGUGUGGGUGUUUAAGACCCAUGGGUUGUGUUAGUAGAGGAUUGCACCCAUAGGAACUGGCUGAAAGAGGAGCAUGAAAGGCCACAAGAAAUGAAUUAUGCCUUCUCUUGACACAACGGAAAAGCACAAGUCCCAUUCUCCAGAGCACCCAGAAUGGGACCUUUAGGCCAUAUCUUGCCUGUUCGUCUUUCUACCUUAAUUCCUAAACUUGCAAAAGGCAAAUUAGGAAAUUCUCCAUCAGAUCCCAUAAACUCUUCCAGAAGUGUUCCUCUCUCUUCACUGUCUCAGCAUCCCUGAGAGUAAAGAAAGUCCGGGGACCGACUGUGCAAAGCAGCCACCUUCUUUACUUCCAAAUCUUGUGUUUUUAGGGAGAGUUCAGAAAGAAAGAAACAAAAAACAAGUUAUACAAAAAACGAUCGCUCAAGAAAAACUGGGAAAUGUUUGCUUUAAGCUACUGUUUGUUUUGGUGGUUCUUCUUCCAGUGCCCUGUAGCUGUGGGUAGUAACACAACGGGAAGCCAAAGACCUUGGAGUCCAAAUGUACAUGGCAAAAAUAUUUUCACAAUCAUACUGUUUGGUACCUGGAAGAAAUUUUAGGUUUUUGUAAAAUUACAGGAUUAAGCUUUGAUCAUGAAAGGAAAAUGCCAAUAUACAUGUAAAGUCAGAUCGUAAACAAUGGUUGGUGCCAACAAAGUCAAUGUGAUUAUAAUAAUAAUAAUAUAUAUGAUACAUCGCUGCCACUACAGUAUGAACCUGCUUUUGAAACCAUCAACUAUGUAAUAUACUUACUCGCCUAAAUCCUUUAGUUAAAUCCUGAGGAGAGCAAAUGUCAUUGAAUCAAUAGGAUUUACCUCUGUGUCGGAGUCCUCGGUGGCGCAAUGGGUUAAACCCUUGUGCUGGCAGGACUGCAGACCAAAUCACUGGCAGUUCAAAUUCAGGGAGAGGGGUGAGCUCCCGUCUGUCAGAUCCAGCUUCCUAAGCGAGGACAUGAGAGAAGCCUCACACAGAUGGCAUCCCCUGGGCAACGUCCUUACAGACUUCCAAUUCUCUCACACCAGAAGUGACUUGCAGUUUCUCAAGUUGCUCCUGACACAAAAAAAAAUCUCUGUGUUGACCCAUCAGACAACAAUUGAUUCAAUGGAUCUGCUAUGGUUGGGAUUAACCUACAGGAUUUUGACUAUUAUCCUGGAUAAAUGGGGUAGAGGAGAGGUUGUCAUGGAAAUUCAGGGGCAGAGAUAUUGUCCUUUUAAUGGUUGUGUAUGCCAACCAACACUUGCUGAAAUCCUCUCUUUGAUAAGACACAACAUAGUGUAGUGUAAACAUUAGACUUCAACUCUGGAAACGAGGGUUCAAAUUUUUGCUUGGCCAUGGAAAUCCAUUGGGUGACCUUGGACAAGUCACACUCUUUCAUCCUCUGAGGAAGAGAUAAACAAUGCCUCUUAGAACUAGUCUUGCCAGAAAGCACUAUGGUAGGGGGUUGCCUUAUGGUUGUCAUAAGUCAGAAACGACUUGCCCAAAGUUGUCCAGUGUCAUGGCCAAAUGGGGAUUUGAAUUCUGGUCUCCAUAAUUAUUACCUUUUUUGAGUGAGAAAACCCCCAUGGAUAUAAUAUAUAUUUGCCUGUACAUUUUGACCUGUCAGGCAAAAAACAGCAGAUGAGAAGCAGGACUCUUUUUUAAAUUAAAGGAAUCCUAACCUGGCUUUUUUGUCACCAGCGAUGAGAGAUUGUGGGAUUUGGAGUCCAACGACAUUUGGCACCUCCUUGUUUGAGAAUCUCUGCUUGCGAAUCCUGCAGGAAAUGCUUUCAGCAUCAACAUGCCAAAUGUUUGCAUGGGAAAAAAAAAGAUCGAUUAGGGUGGAGAAAUGAGCAUUUACUGUUUCCUUUCUUUUGUGGUUUAUUAAAAGAAACCAGUCUUUGGGAAGGAAGCCAGACAGAUCUUCCAAUCUAAGUGCUUAAAAGCUUAGGUGAAAGUAUUAGAUUCAUUCAUAUAUAUAUAUAUAUAUGAAAUUUGUGUAAUAAAUUAAGCACACUUUAAAAAAAAAAACCUGGUGAAGCAAAGCACCAAAUUCUCACUGAUUUUUUUUUCCUGGAGCGAAUGAGCGAGAGAUAGCAACUUGUACAAGCGAAUGCAUGCAAUUGCAAAACUUCUCUGCACCGCAUUAGAUGCCACCAGGUUUGCAGUGAAACGUCUUGUGCGAAUGAGAAUGUCGAAUGGUCUUAAAUAAAUAAUAUCUCAAAACAAACAAACAAACAAACACAUCGAUAGUUUACAGGGUUUUGUGAGUUUAAAUGCCUUAUAUUUAACAAUCAUAAUUUAUGACUAACUUGUAGAUAUUGUGGGUUCUUAUUUAAUUAUUUUUAUAGUUGGGUUGGCUUCCUUUGGUUUUUUUUGCAUUUUUAAUUAUAAUUUAUUUAUUUAGAGAUGAAUACUAAUUUUUAAAAGAAUUGCUCCUCUAUUACCUCAUAAUAUUUUUUUUUUGGUUGUUGUUGUUUCUCGGCAUAAUUUCUGGGAAUGGAAUGCUUUGCAUGCGUCGGUACUUUUCGAAGAAUGAAAAAAAAUUAACAAAGAGUGGGGCACAUUUACCGUUACAAAAACAAAAAAAUAUAUAUUCAGGGUGUGUGAUGACAAAUUGUAUUACUUGUGGUGCUGUUACCUUGGAGACAUUCCAUACAAAAAACAAAAAACAAAAAUGCAAACCUUUGAUUCUGUAUGCUGUGAUAUAGUGGAAAAUCUGCAAUAUAGUGACCGUGUUUUAACACACACACAAACACAUGCACACAUUGAAACACACACACACACACAUAUAUAGAUAUAGAUAUAUAUGAAUAUUAUUUGCACUCAUGAUCAAAUUAUGAUGAUCCACUCACUCCUGCCUUUCUUUUUAAUUUUUAUUUUGUUUCUCUUGUGUUGCAUUAAGGGGAAAAUCGUAAUCUGUAAAAUGAAAUAGGAGCAGGGCUCUUUCGGAAAGCUUUCGAUUAAAUACCAAAAAGCAAUGUUCCUUCUCCUCCAGAGGAUUUAUGCAGAAACAACGGCUACCAAAAUGACAGAAUUCACAUCCAGCCAGGGCAGGAGAAGCAUCGCUCUGUGGAUAAAUGCUAAAUGCACAAAAUGUUUACAGAAAUUGUUGCAAAGCAUAAUUAGAAAGAUUGAUCCAUAUUAUAGUCAGUGAUAUAUAUAUCAUCUCUGAAGAAGGGUUAUUAUGCCUAACUGUAAGUCAGUGGGAAACAGGAUGCAUGCAAUCAAUGCCAAGCUGAAAAGGAGAAGAAAAGCAGUGGUAACUCAAAGACUUAGGAGGCAGGCAGAAAUACAAUGGGUAUCCUAAUAGUAACCCUUUCCUUACAGCAUUUCCACCAGAUGCCUAGCUGCUAGAACGUAUUUCUAUGUGUGUGCCUUUGUCCGCUUUCUGCCUGUUUCUUACCUGCCUUAAAUUAUUUGCUACUGAUCAAGCCAUUCCUAUUAUUUAUUUAUUGUAGCUUUACACUGAUUGUACUGUAUACCCUCUAACUGCCACGGUUUGGCAAGAUCAGUCCUGAUUAAUCCUCUGUCACCCAGGUCACAUCUACACAGACCAUUUGGGUCAUUGUAAAACCAGAUCAGCUCUCUGGUGGUCAAACAGCACACUGAGCUGAUGUGAAUUAAUGUAGGGCAAGGCCACCUUGACACAUCCUUAAUCUGGGGUAAUGUAGGGCAAGGACACCUUAACACAUCCUUGAUCCGGGGUAAUGUAGAUGAGGCCACCCUGACACAUCCUUAAUCCGGGGUAAUGUAGAUGAGGCCACCCUGACACAUCCUUAAUCCGGGGUAAUGUAGAUGAGGCCACCUUGACACAUCCUUGAUCCGGGGUAAUGUAGGGCAAGGCCAACUUGACAUCCUUAAUCCGGGGUAAUGUAGGGCAAGGCCACCUUGACACAUCCUUGAUUUGGAGUAAUGUAGAUGAGGCCACCUUAACACAUCCUUGAUCCGGGGAAAUGUAGAUGAGGCCACCUUAACACAUCCUUGAUCUGGGGUAAUGUAGGGCAAGGCCAACUUGACACAUCCUUAAUCCGGGGUAAUGUAGGGCAAGGCCACCUUGACACAUCCUUGAUCCGGGGUAAUGUAGAUGAGGCCACCUUAACACAUCCUUGAUCCGGGGUAAUGUAGGACAAGGCCAACUUGACACAUCCUUAAUCCGGGGUAAUGUAGGGCAAGGCCACCUUGACAUAUCCUUGAUCCAGGGUAAUGUAGAUGAGGCCACCUUAACAUGCCCUUGGUCUGGGGUAAUGGAGGGCAAGGCUCUCUUAACACAUCCUUGAUCUGGGGUAAUGUAGAUGAGGCCACCUUAAUAUGUCCUUGAUCUGGGGUAAUGUAGGGCAAGGACACCUUGACACAUCCUUGAUCCGGGGUAAUGUAGGGCAAGGCCAACUUGACACAUCCUUAAUCCGGGGUAAUGUAGGGCAAGGCCACCUUGACAUAUCCUUGAUCCGGGGUAAUGUAGAUGAGGCCACCUUAACAUGCCCUUGGUCUGGGGUAAUGGAGGGCAAGGCUCUCUUAACACAUCCUUGAUCUGGCACAAAGUAGGGCAAAGCUGCCUUAACACGUCCUUGAUCUGGGACAAUGUAGGACAAGGGCACCUUAACAUGCCCUUGAUCUGGGAUAAUUUAGGGCAAGGCCACCUUAACAUAUUCCUGCCUCAUGUUAGAGAACAUCUGUAUUCUGUCCUUAAAUUCAAACUAUCCCUGACUUUGGGUCUGUGGGAACAGUUGAGCUGAUUCUGAAAUGGAACUGGCUUCAACUGUCCCCAAUGUCAUCCUGUAUUUUCCAGACUUGGGGGCAUGUGGGAACACUUUCACUCCUGCCCUCCAUAAUGUGAUGGUCUCCGUCCAUGACGCAUGAUCUAUCAGAUGUCAUGUGUCGCUCCAGCUUCUGUCAGUGUCCCAUUGCUCCAUCUAAAGCGAUGAGGUUUUGGCCUUCAACUCCCAGAAAUCCUAACAUCUGGUAAACUAGCUGGGAUUCCUGGUAUCUGUAGUCCAAAACACCUGGGGACCCACAGGUUGAGAACCACUGAUCUAAAGUCACUUGUAUGAAAUGGCCAACAAGUGAGAUCUGUCUCUCAGCCAGAGACCACUACAACAGAGAGAGGGGAAUGGGAAAGGUGGGCAUCCAGCGGGGCCAAGCCAUGUUUGGUGCUUCUGGGUAAUGGGAGCUCCAUCCUUCCUCCAUGGCACUCAGGGACUGCCUGUGUGGCCCAUACUCAUUGCCGAUUUAGAAUACGACAUGCCAGUUCAUCCUUGAAAUAUCGGUCAGUGCAGACCUGUCCUUAGCUUUUCUUACUCCCAUUUUUCAAUCUUGUCUUCAGCUUGCUUUAGUUGUUGCAAGCUGAAUUAAAGAGGAAAAGUAGAUUUAACUACUCAACUUAACUGGACAGGAGAGGAGGAGCAGGGUCUUGCUCUUCUCCUUAAAGCAGGAGUGAGCAACUGUGGAUGACAUUAACCCCUUAUGAGAUUUUGGAGAGCCACACCUACACUCAUAAAAUAUCACUUUUUGCCCCGAAAUAGGUCCAGAGGAGAGUUUCUCAAACUGUGCUCCUCCAGAUGUUUUGGACUUCAGCUCCCACAAUUCUUAACAGCUGGUAAGCUGGCCAGGAUUUCUGGAGCUGAAGUCCAAAACACCUGGAGGAGCACAGUUUAAGAAACACUGGUCUAUAGGAUACUGGAGUAUGUUGUGAGCUUCAGAGUCUCUCUUAGCCUUAAAUUGUUCCAGAGGUCUAGAAGGUGUGAUGGAAAAUGUCCCUCAUGCCCAUUUUAGAGCAUUCUGGGGCAAAGAAUCUCUAAAUGUGGUGGAAAUCUAUUUCAGACACACCAAUGUGCAUUUGGGGUAUUCUGAAAUGGGGUGAGUGCCAUUAAACACAUAUCUUUAAUGUUACAUGUGGCCCAUGAGUCACAUCUUGUCCAUCCUUGUGAAAGACUCAGGCUAAUAUAAUAAUAAUAAUAAUAAUAAUAAUAAUAAUAAUAAUAAUAAUAAUAAUAAUACAACAUCACACAGUCCUAGACACUUGGUAAGUGUUUGACUUGUGAUUUUGUGAUACGAAAUCCAGCAUAUCUAUUCUGUUUGCUGUGUCAUAUAAUAAUAAUAAUUUAUUUCUUACCUGCUUCUCCUCAAGUCUCUAACUGCUGCUGCUUCUCCUUACUUAUGAGUUCUUAUCUUUGGUCAUAUUGACCACACUCUGAUGUUGCUUGGCUCCAUGUGUCCUGAUUUUCAUCUGUCAAAUGUUAGAGGCAAUGGCACCAAGUAUUAUGACAUCUCUAUGGGAGGAAUGUGCUAACCAUGUCCCUCCUUAACGUAUUUCCCUCAACCUCCGUAUGUGCAAAGCAUCUGAAGAAGAAGGCUUGUUCUCUGUGAGGAUACUCAGCAUAUGAUUUAUUACCUAUGUCCCUUCUCUUGUUAUAAGCUGAUAGUGUUUCCAGUGCUAUCAGAGUACUUACACUCAAAAACCAGAAUGAUGGAGAUGGCCAUUUUGGAUGGAAGCAACCACCUGCAGUUUUGUCUUGCCUUCUGCAUGUGCCAACUAGCCUUUAGUUCAAUUUAUUACCUUGCAGGGCAGAAUGAAACUAUUUGAAUAUAUGGAUUAUAUUCCACUGGCUUAGCCUGGGAUAAUGCUUCAUCUGGAUUCUUCGAGCAGUGAGCAGAGAGAGAGAAAUGCACAAGGAUGGAGUAGGACAAGUGUACUUAGGUUGCCAAAGUGGAAACUGGAAUGGGCUCCUGUACCUUUCAUGAAGAUGUGUUACCUUGUUGUACAACCAGCAUCAUCAAAGCUACAAAAGUUCUCCCCAGUCUUCGCUUUGGCAACCCUGUUGGAUGCUUCAGAAUAGGACUGCAGCAAAUCAUAAUUUUCUUCCUCGUCCAUGUUGGUAAAAAUCAAAUUCUUGGUUCCAGCUGGUCUAAACACAAUUGAUCAAUGGGAACUUGGAAGAAAAACCACACUCAAAUCCCACUCUAAUUAGCAAAUUAAUCUCUGUGCCUUUGGCCUUGCUAGAAAUAUAUUAUUGUAACUGUUUAGUUGUCUAGUUGCAUAACUGUUGUGGGCAUUUAUCCCAUAAAGGCAAUCCCCGACUUACAGAUAUCCACCUUACAAACGACUCGUAGUUAAGAAUGGGGGUGAGACAACAGUAAGUGAGAGAAAUCUACUCUUUGGAAGGAAAAUUCACUGCUAGAAGAAUUAUUAUCAUGGGGAAAAGAUGUCUCCACUGGAGCUUUAUCCCAAAUCCUCGUUUCUACAAUAAGCCAAAUUUUUCAAAAUCCAAUUAUCACAGGAACAGAAAGUGUGGUGAAAUCUUCUGAACAGGGGCACAGAAGGCAAAACAAAUGUUUCCAUCCCUAUCCAUACUGCCAUAGUUUGAACUGCAUUAUAUGGUCAGUGUAGACUCAUAUAAGGGAAAUUGAACUGUAUUGAACUGGAUUAUAUGAGUCUACACUGCCAUAUAAUCCAGUUCAAUCUGCAUUAUAAUGGCAGUGUCGAUGGGGCCUUGGGAGUGAUGAUAAUAAUAAUAAUAAUAAUAAUAAUAAUAAUAAUAAUAAUAAUAAUAAUAAUACUUUAUUUAUAUCCUGCCCUAUCUCUCUGUGGGGACUCAGGGCGUAAUCCUUCCCAUUGCCAUCCAAAAUUUAAAAAUGUUUAUAUUUGGCUGGAGUUACAUAUAUAUGUACUUGUUCCGAUUUAGAUACAAAUUCAGCUUAAGAACAAACCUAUAGAACUUAUCUUGUCUGUAACUGGAGUACUUUAACAUAAUGUGAUGUUGACCACAGGCAUAAUUGAGGCAUUUUUGGCACAAUUGUCCUUCCCCGUGUCCUCCCCAAAGUAGAAGGUUUCUAUGCUGUCUCUGAUGCCACUGGUGGCUUUUGUUUCUGCACAAAUUAUUACACAUUUUCCAAGAGACAAAGAAGAAGCAAGGAGAAGGAACAAAGGGAGGGAGAUGGAAGAGUGAAAAGGGAAUCCCAAUAUUUGAAUCUGCUGCGCACCAAAUGAUGCAAGGGCAGAGGGGGAGGGCACCUUUGAUUUUAUUAUGGGGCACCAAUUAAUCAGUACAAUAUAAACACCCAGUUUUCCCUUAAUGGCCAAGGAAGGUGAAUGGAUCAUCAAAAAGAAUUUUUUUGUACUCCUACUGCUGUUCUGUUGUGCUGUGCAACAUUUUGCUACAUAGACUAUUUUAUAGGAGAAAGCUAGAAAAAAAUAUUUAUUAUUAAUAUUAAAGCAAUAGUGCAUUUGGGGAGGGUGGGGAAUUGAAGAGACAUUAGAAAUUGUGUAAAUGCUUAGAUUCACUUUUGGUGGAUUUUUUUUGUACUUUAUUUAUAACUAAUAAAAUGAAUUGCAUUGCUAACUA